UGCUCCCCACAGAAUGGGUCUGCUCCUGCCCCUGGUGCUCUGCGCCCUGGCUGUGGGCUCUGGGGCUACAUCUCCACCCCAGCAAGUCUUCAACCCAUCGCCUUUACUCUCCCGUGGCUGCAAUGAUUCAGAUGUGCUGUCAUUUGCUAAUUUUGACCUGAGGGACAUCAACAGGGACCACAAGGAUGGCUACGUGCUGAGCCUCAACCGAGUGAGCGAUGUCCGUGAACACAGACAGGACGGACCAGCAGCUGUGUACUAUCUCACCCUAGACGUGUUAGAGACUGACUGCCACGUGCUCAUCAGGAAACCUUGGAAGAAAUGUGGAGGGAGAGCACUGCAUGAAUUAGUUUAUGGUCAAUGCAAAGCAUUAUUUUAUAUGCACAACACAGCAAGAAUCCUCCAUACACUUUCUUAUAACUGUACUCUUCGCCCAGGUAAAUUUUCUCGAAGAAGCAUUCACCAAAUCUGCCCCGAAUGCCCCAGCCCCAGUGAUUUAUCAGAUUCCAAGGUCUUGGAAGCUGCCACUGAGUCUCUUGCAAAAUACAACCAUGAGAGUGCCUCAAAGCAGUAUUCUCUGGUCAAAGUCACCAGGGCUUCUCCAGUGAGACUGAACGCCCCUGGCGUUACACCAACAGUCCUGACUGAUGCUUAUUCAAGCAGGAUCCAGAAUGCAUGUUCUUACAUAUUUCAAAAAUCAUGA